AUGGGUUCCGUUGAAAAAUUAACCUCGGAUCUACAAGCAGAACGACAGAAACUUGCGUUGUAUGAGAAAAAUUUGAGAGUGGCGGUAGAAAGUUGCAAAGCGUUAAAAGCGGAAAAGGAGAACUUAGCCAAUAUUAUUGCUGGUUUCGCAUGUGCAGAAGUCAAACCAGGAUCCACCGAUGUCAACGAUUUGAAACAAAAAACUGCAUUACUCACAAAGGAAUUCCAAAGUAAAGAGAAUGCGUUGGUCCUUGCGAGGAAUUCUGUGUUGAAAGAAAACCAAGAACUGAAAAAACGGUUGGCUGAAGCAGAAAGUAUACCCAAUAGUCUAUCCACUAAAAAUGGCGACAGCAGUUUUCAUGUGGCAGAGUUGGAACAGAAACUGCGGAAGGAGAUGUUGAUGACAAGGAAAUAUGAACAACGAUUGCAACAGUUGGAAAAUCAGCUGAAGAGUAAUUCUACCAGCGAUAAUAAAAUGGAGCUGGCCAACAAGCAACUAGAAGCAGAAAGAGAACAGUUCAAGAAGCUAUACGAAGAUGCUCAUGGCCGGUCAAUAUUCUUGGAACGGAAGUUUGCAUCACUUCAAUUGGAUCAGAAACGAGACGAAGAGGAAGCUCCGAAAAAACUAUCUUCAGCGACAAUGGAAGACGAUGCGAAAAUCUCAAAGUUGGAGAGUCAAAUAAUGAGUCUUUCACAACGGUGCGACGCCAAAGAGGAGGAAAUCUCAGAGUUGUCCUCAAUUAUUGCAACACUCAGAGGAGAGAACAUGCAGCUCAAAGAGAGUCUUGAGCAUGUUGAGAAAAAAAGAUCGAUGUCACCAGUCGACGAGUUUUGGUUUCGAGAUGGAAUGAGUGAAGAGUAUGAGAAAUUCAAAAAAGACAACCAAAAUCCUCUCGAAUUCUGCUGUCCGACUCUCCGGGAUGAUGUUCUUGUACUUAUUGAGAAGGCUGUUCAAGACAACGCAAAGUCGGAUCAAGUGAAAAACCAGCAGUUACAGAUAACAAACUUGGAACGAACAAUUCGAGUUCUGAACGACAAAAUCAAUUGCAACGACUCGUUUCGAUCUGACAUAGAGAAAAAGUUUGAGAAGAUGGAAGAGGAUAUUUCACAACGUGACAACGAGAUAUCUAUUCAAAAAGAAGAAGUGAGCAGAAUCAAGGAUAGUUUGAGAUUGGAGAAGAGUAAAAGGAAUGAGUUGGAGGAGGAAGUACUCCGUCAAAGACGCUGUGCCCAAGAGGAAAUUGAAUCAAGAGACCAAGAAAUUGAGGCGUUUAGAAAAAUGCUAGUGACACUGAGACAUGAAAAAAUGGAAAGAUCGCAGAAUCCGCGUAAGAUCUCAAGACACAAUCGUUCUUCAACACACGAUGAAGAUGCUGCUGCUCGGCGACGGAGCAGAACAUUCUCCCAAGACGACACGACAGUUCCAAACGACCCCGACUCAAAGAAUGUGUACUACGAGAAUCAACUCACAAAGAAGGAGUUCGACAUCCAGGAGUUGAGGAAACAACUGAUGGAUGUCGAAAUACGUCUUCGUGAGAAUGAAUCGGUAUCCAUGUCGCGUCAACUGGAAUCCGUUGCUCGAAACGAAGAAAUGACGGAGAAGGUUCGCGUAUUAGAAGGCAAACUUCAAAUGUUAUCGUGUACGAGUGAAAUCGACUACCUCCGCAAUAUAUUCACCCAGUUUCUCCAUUCAAUGGGAUCGCCAAACGCCGCCAGCAAAUCUAUACUGAAAGCAAUGGGCAGCGUGUUGAAGGUUCCGAUGGCCGAGAUGAAAGUGAUUGAUAAGAAAUAG